CCAGCAAGACUUAUUUUUCAACAAGGAGCUGAAGAGGAAGACAAAAACAGCAGUUAAAAGUCAAGUCUAAGAGACAAACACCUGCUCUGUCAGUUAUCCUAUUUUGUACAGGUUUCUUCCCUCAGGACACAGAGAUGGGUCGGUGGAGCUGCAGCGUCUUCGUGGUGUUUUUGUUCUGUGGAGCUUUUAUUAAAGAAGCACAUCUGGCUACAGUAUCUGAUGUUGGAGGACACAAAGGUGCUCAGAGACACCUUCUGAUGGAAGAAGAUCACUUAAACAGUAACAGUACUGACAUUCGAAGGGCAGCCAACCCAGACAAGGGCUCAAAGUCUGUGGAGUGGUCCUAUCUGGCUGCAGGACUGGGCACAGUCCUCACCAUCUCACUCAUCAUUGUGAUGGCUGUCAAGUUUCGCCUCUUCCAUCGCUUCAUAGCCAGCUACAGACACUCCCUGCUCCAGGAGGCCGACGGGGUCAGCCAGUACGGCCAGGAGGAGGCGUCCUUCCCUAACAGCGGGAUGGGUAGAAUGGGAGUGGCUGGAGGGACUCCAAGAGGACUGGACGAAGAUGAUGAUGGCUUCAUUGAGGAUAACUAUAUCCAGGCCAGUGAGAAAGACAGGGCAGAGAGAGAAAGAGAGGAGAAUGGCGAGGAAGGGGUAGAAGACAGCGACGAUGAUCUUCAGUUCACUAUAGGGUGAUUAGAUAAAGGGAAACUUCAUCGGAAACUGCAGGUUUACAUCUAAGAUUUAAUGACACUAUGGAGAAGAUGUUGAUUCUAAACCUUUCUGGCUUGUAACCCUUUAAAAUGAAUCAUACUGCCUACCUGCAACCUCUUCACACAGCAUCACACCAUGUCAAUGAACUAUUAGGGGUUCCACCAAAGAGUGAGUUCCCCUCAAAAAGUCUCAUAUUGUUUCAUUUAAACAAUUGCUAUAGGCCAGAAAGGGCAUAACUCUACAUAUCACAUAAAAAAGAUUUUAUUUGUUUGUCAGAAUUGUGUUUUUUUUCUUUUUUCUUGUUCCAUUUAAUCAUUUCGGGGGAUUAUCCCGUGAGCCCUUGGAGGGGCCAUGACCCUUAGCUUGGGAACCGUUGAAAGUGCACAGUAGAUAAAUGUAUGAUAAAUGUGAAAAAUGAAUGAGGCACAGUUAUAUAUAUCCAAACCUGGACUAAUAUUUAGGAGGAUCUACUGGCAUAAAUGGAAUAUAAUACUCAUAGUUAUGUUUUCAUUAGUGUAUAAUCAACUACAUAUAGGAACGGAUGAGUUUUCGUUACCUUAGAAUGAGCCGUUUUUAUCUACAGCCGGACAAACCAAACAUUGGAACAGUAAGUACACUUCACAGUCAGUUAAUUAGUUACUCAAUCUGCAACUUCACCACUAGAUAGCACUAAAUCCUACACACUUUUCCUUUGAAUAGCACUAUAAUAAAGUAAAUAUAUAAACAGAAGUAAAUAGAUUUUCUGAAAAUUGUUACUGUUUGAAAUUAUUUGAGUGCAAUAUAAUAGUUGUGAGCACAUUGUCAUGGUUUUGGAUUUUCUUUGGUGGUUUCCUGUUUUAUUUUGUAAUGUUCCUUCUCUUGGGCCUUUUUUUUCCUUCACUUCCUGUCUUUGUCUGUUUUCCCUCCAGUUUUGAUUAUUUUCACCUGUGUCUUGUCAUCCCUCCCCUCACCUGUGUAUUGAGUCUUUGUGUUUUCUUGGUUCUGCGUCAGUUCCCCAUGGAUACUCUGCUCUUGGUGUUUUCCCUACCAGUUCCUGUUUGUUUUUCCUCUUUACUUUUUCUGGAAUUAUACCAGUUUACCUGUCUGCCUACCUGUUCUUGCACCAGCCUGUAAGUUUUCUUCAAUAAAUCACUGAAGUUA